AUGACAUUUCAACCUCAUUACGGGAGUCUUAUGAAUAAUCAAAUUAAGUUCCGGCUUAAUGAACCGAUUCUUCAUAAGGCUGGUACGAAGCUUUCCGUCACUCAAUUGCAAGAGAUUAAGGCAAAGAUGUCUCAAUGCACUUUCAAUCGCGACGAUUACCCUGAUCUUCACGUUGCAGUCAGUGGUCAACCUCAUUAUCGUCAGUUACUCGAUGAGAACAACCAAGUUAUCGGUGAAUGGUUUAAGUUUAUGUAUCUUGACCAAAGCGAUAUCGGCAAAUUCAAUGAUCCUGAAAUUCUCCGUCUUCAUCAAAAUCUUGCUGAACACGUACGUGGCAAAUUCGAUUACGCGUUGCAGAAAUGGGAGUCAGGUUUCCAGAAAUUCGAUCAUCAUAUGACCGGUAACCGUGAUGGUCCGAAUACCGCCUAUACGACCGGAAUUGCUCUUCAAGGUUCUUACGCGGCGGCCCCUGCGGUACAUUCAACUUGGGAGAAAACUAAAGAUUCGGAAUAUAUGCAAUGGUUGGCCAAAUUCCAUUGUAUCCUCGGCGAUCUUGGUGGACGUGUCAUGUCAACUGUUAUGGACGACGUUUAUAAUCAAUUCACUAAGGAAAGACAUGAACGUUACAAUCCACCAUUUUUUGGGCCAUCUACUGGUUCACAAACCUAUUUCACUUCAUCGCAAAUCAACCGUAGUACCAACACGAUGAGAUUGCAAGGUACAGCUGCUGGUGUUCAUUGUGAUUCUACGGACGAUGAACUUUCCUUUUCGCUUGCACUUAACGUGUCAGUCAUCAAAGAUUCAACUUCGCUUGGUUACUUCUGGUUCCCUGAUUUCGAUACAUUGAUUCCCGUCAAACCAAUGUCGAUGAUUAUUUUUCAGGGUAUCGAAGAACACACCGGAAUGCCGAUGGUUCUAGAUAACAACGAUUCCUCAUCUCUCCCUUGCGGAUAUACUGAAGAUACCCGUUUCAACAUUAUCUGUUAUCCUAAAGGACCGACAAUGAAGAAUACUACUUAUCGGAAUUACGGUAGUUUUGUCAAUUCUGCACCGGAACGGCCUAACCUAAUGGCUGAUGCCCUUCCUAGUUUUGGUGGAAAGGAAAACUAUGAUACUUGGAGAGCUAGAGAGAUUUUAAGAGUUAAUAUUCCGAAUAUCAAGAAUAUUUUUGGAAGACACAUUGCAAUCAAUAUUGACGCUGAAGCUCAAUAUAAUUCGAUUUCUUUUCCGGAUAAUGAUUCGCAGUAUACACUCACUCCCUAUUCCGUUUCUCCAAACAAUUCCGUCGAAUUGGAAAAUCUUACACCACCGGAAUCACAAGCGGUAAUCGCUAAACAGCUUACCCCAUAUCAAACUAUUAAUAUCAAUGAUAUUUUUGAUAAUACUUUGUUUGAUACCUUUAUCGACAAGCUCCGUCAGAAAAUCAACUUUGUACGUCAUACGCCUUUCAAAUCAUCCAUCACCGAAUCAAAUUCGAACGCGAUAACAUCAUUGAUAACUAAUUCCAAUAUUGAAAAUCCGAUUUAUGAGAGUUUGAUUGAUAUUGCGGAAGAUGAAAACGAUAUCGAUGAUAUUUCUGAUAUUCAAACCUUUGAAUAUAAUUCAGAAAAGAAUCAAAAUCUUUUCGAUCAUAUCGGUGUCGACAAUGAUAACGAUAAUGAACCUCUAGUACGUACGAUUGAUGAUAUCAAUUCCUUCCAACUAUUUGAAUUAGGAGUUAUCGAGAACCAUAUUGCGACGCUCAAGGGAACAUCAUUAAUGACGAAGAAUCAACAUACGUUCUCAAUGCGCGAAGAAUUAAAAGAUCAAAUCCCGUUCCUUCCACCUGUUGAUCAAACCGAAAUACAAAAUGUAUCUCGUUUCAUUCCUGAUUUCUCAACUACAUAUUCCCGUAUUUUGGGAACGCUCUCAAAAAAAUCAAGUCAGCUAGAUCCUCUUAAAGGUGGUUUGUUGGCAGCUCAAGGCAAAUUAGCAUUCGAACAUAUGGAAAUGUUAGAACAUGAUUUUUUUGAUCUGUUCAACCCGACAUCAAAUAUCAUUCUUCCGCCAAACAGCAUUGCCUAUCGUUUACGGAAAAAAAUUGAUGAAUUAGUAGAUCCCUUAAAUGGAUCGAAUGAACCUGGCCUAAAGCUUUUCUUUUCAGCAGAGGAGAUUUUAGGUGAUAAACAUCAUAGCGGUUGGCAUCUUGAUGUUAAUCUCGAACCUGAUACACGGCAUACUUCUUCACCUGCAUUAAAAGCGAAAGCUUUCCGCAAUGUACUUUGGGGCAUGACAGUUUUUUAUCCUGUACAUGCAUUUAUCGGAUCAUUCAAAAGAACUCGUUUGUCUGAUAUUACUGAUGUUACGUUACCAUUGGUAACUAAUCGUCACUAUCACUACCGACAUAUUUUUGGGAGAAUUGAAUUUCUCAAAAGAAUUUGCAAUGCAUUAUCACAAAUUGAUAACGACGAAAAAUCGACUCCGGAAUUAUAUUUGUUUGUACCACAAGUAUAUGACUUUGCAUUUCGAUACGAUGUUAGUAAUAAGUUAUCGAGCCAAACUAUGGAUAAUAUUGUAUCCAUAAUUACCGAGGAGGAAAGUAUUAGGCCAGCAAUUACCGCUAUAAAUCAGAUUGCCAAAAUUCUUUCCGAACAUUUUGACAUUGAUCAAUUAUUACAACGACGUGGCACCAAAACCUUUAAUUCUUUUCUUGGUACCAAUACACAACAAAAUCGGGCUGCUCAACGUUCAACAAUCUUACAUGUCGGAAAUUCUAACAAACGUAAACGGUUUGAAAAUCCUAAAUCGAGAAAUGUUAAGCGAUCUAAAAUCGAACGCAUCAGACCAUUUCAACAACCAUUCGAACUUAACGACCUUGAUCUUGAUCGAUUGAAUGAAAGCCUUGAACCAAUUAUUGGUAAUCAGGCAGCGAUUGACGGAGCGUGUUCUCUUCUGAAAUGUUUUUAUUCAGUACUCAAAAUCAACGAAAUCUGUAUUGAGAUUCUGAAUCACCCAUCGCCGAUACAAUAUUUUGUAACGAAAACCUCAAAUAUUACAAAUUCGACAACUUUGAGAUAUGUUCGUGCAGCAUGUGGAAAGGACGUCGAUAAGGAUAAGCUUUUAUAUGCCAGAACUCAAGGUCCAAGCUUUAAAAGUUUGAUGAAAAGCUUAUCUGUCAAUAAUUUCAAUCCUGAUGGCUCACCGAUACUUCCGGAAUUUGGUGAUAUCAACAACUUGACGACUUUAGUUCGAAAGUGUCUUGUUUCCAGAACGGCUUGGGGAUUUCCAUCCUUGAUUGAACUCUACAGUGAUUGUGAAAAUUCUGAAGAUUUUCUUACUGCUCAAACGACUUGGAAAGAUCAGCAAAGAGAAUUGAAUCCAAAUACCGAACCAAGCUUUCUGAUGCUUCGAGUCUACGGACAGUUGAGUAUGAAGGCAACUCAAGUUGAUCAGGUACUCACAUCACUUUCCCGAAAGUCGAACAGUCUUGCAACUUUUAUUCAUGGCUAUAUUUCUCGGCAAGAACAACCGACUUUCAAAAGUGUAAUGGAUUUGAUUGUAUCAUGGAAAAUCUCUUACUUUGCGUCAGGUGGUUUAUUGCCUUGGAUGGUUACAGGAGAUUUGUUUGAGAUUGGUAUUUGUCAACCACCGACAAUCAACGAUUUGGCGAAUAAAAUAUUACAUGCUGUAUCGGAGGGACCUCGCGGUGGUCUCAAAAUGGCGUAUGUACAACUACCGACUGCUCGUGCAGAAUAUCCUGAAGAUUCCAGAGAACUCGUACCGAUAUUGGACAGUGUUCUCAAUGCGAUGAAAGAGAAUUGGUCAGAUCUUUGGAGGAACAUCAGCGGCCAUCGACGAGAAUUGACAUUUUUAGACUUUGAACAUAUUUUAUGCAAAGUUUCAAGAAUGAAUCAAUUUAUUUCUAAUAAUUAG